ACCAGCCGCCUUCAAGCAGCCUCUGCCCAAGAAACAUGCUCGCCCUUCGCCACUUCACUUCGCUCUUGCUCCUUGUCUCCACCGCUUUCGUGGCUGCCAGCCCCGCUCCUCUCCCCGAGGUCGGUGCGGUUGCCGCCGUCGAGGAGCGCGGCUCCGGUGUCGAUGUCGUCGGAAUCAUCGUCACUCUCCAGGCCUCGGUCGCUGUCGUUCUGCCGCAGAUCGGUCAGUUGGCGGUUGCUGCGGUGCAGCAUAAGCUGACCACACAUCUAGACAACCUCUGCACCAGUGGCCUAGCCACCGACCUCACCAUCGCCCCGCUCAUCGUCGAGCUGGAAGCCGCAAUCGAGAUCGCCGUCGUUGCUCUCGGCACCGUUUCGCUCUCCGGCAUCGGGUCUCCGUCCCAGUGCGCGGGUCUGAUUGCUGAAAUCAUUGAGGACAUCACGCACACCAUUGAAAGUUGCGAGGGCGCGGGCACCAUCCUCACGCUUGGAACUCUCGUGGCUGGGCUCGACCAAGCGAUCCAGGGACUGCUGCUCACAGUCGAGACUGUCCUCGCGGGUGUGCUUGUUCUCGUGGCUGGACUGAUUGUUGAUGUCGUUGCGCUCCUGAAAUCGCUUCUGUUCGGCCUGACCCUGAGCUGCCUCGGACUCUGAUCCCAUAAGCGGGACCGAGAUGAAUUCGAAGUUGGGAAAUCUGAGCCGCCUAUGAAUCUCCCUUUCUGUUGUUCUACAUAAGCAUGAAAUUUUGUUCGUUUUUCUGAAUCUCCGUUAUAACUUGUUUUUUCAUAGUCGCAACCUUGAUGAUACGUCCGCUCAGGAAUUCCAACAUUUUAGGUGUCAGCAGCCCUAGCCGUCUGGAGCCUCUUAGUCCGCAUCUACUUUGGCCGAUAACUCACCUGUCCGGAAGAACCACGCAAAUAUCGUCCAUUCAAUCUUGAUUUCGAUUUUCCGAAUGUGCUGUGACACAGUGUCCGUCUUCUGUAACCAUUUUCCCGGGCAUCCAGAAUUUGCCGCGUGAGUACGCAGAUCCCUCGACAAAAACAGAGAGAUAUGAUAUUCUGCCAACGUCCGCACGUAGACAGACG